AUGGACCGGAUCUGCAACACCCUUCGCGAGAAUAGGAAGCUUCCUAUGACAGACGAGCAGCUUUCAGACCUCGGAGUCGAUUUUCAUCAGUUUGAUAUCCGCACUGGUACAAUUUCUUCGCCAUCGGUUACAAGCCACUUCCUACCUAGGGUUGAUUUUCGAGAUGUUCUCGAUUCAGAUCUAGCAGCUUCACCCUUCCUAGAGGUUGCAAGCUGGUCUGAAGUGCCAGGUCCUCGCAGCUACCCAUGGGAUCUUGAGUCAAUCAAGAUGGCUAUGUUUCCAGAUAUGAUGACCGAACAAUAUAACUAUUUUACCUUUAUAGGGAGUGGUCACUCAUUCAAGGAAUUCCACCGUGACGGGAUCCCUAAUGGCGGAUGGGUAGUAGACCGUGAUACGCAUUCACUGUUAUCAGGCCGCCGAGAGUUUCUCGACUUUGAAUGUACAAAUACCGAGAAGCUGGAGUUUCCUCUAGAUUCACUGAGCUGCCAUGAGCACAAGGGCCACCAGCGCUCAAUAGUCGGGUUCUGCAACCAGGAGAAAUGUGGUGAUAAACGGCCUUCCUCGAUGGAGCUCUUUGCGAUCGCCGUAUUAACCCACAAAGAAAUGACCGACGUUGAUCGGCAAAGGUCGUAUGAGAAUCGGUGGGAUGAGAGUCGGUCGAAUGAGGAUCGGUCGGACGAGUGCUACUUUACUUUCCCGCAUUUAGUAUUUCUGAUGGACAAAUUUGGCGGAUGCCGUAUGUUCCAGUCCUAUUUUGAUGGCAAGCUUCAUGUUCAAUUCUCGGAGCUCCUAGAUCUAGGACAUAUGAUUGCCGUGCCUGCUUACGGGGAAAAGUACUUUGAUAUGGUUGACAGAAAAGACUUUCUGGAGAAGUUGAACUUGCUUCUAAAAUGGGCAUGGCCUUUUCCACAAGGAAACACCGUUGCAAAUGUUCCAAGGAUUUGUGGCAAUUGA